GUUCAUAGCUUUGCUGCAUACCAGUCACAGGCAGCUGUUUGCUUUUGGUACCACGAAUGCGCUCGAUAAUAACUUCAUUUCAAACAUUUUAGGGUCAAAAACAGGUCUUAGAUGUGCGUGUGCGAAAUUGCUGUAUGCUGGUGGCUCAAAUUAGGUACUACAGAUACAAGUUCAAAUUCCAAUAGAGGACUGUACAACUUCGAUCAAUCAUAUUGUAAAUUCUAAUAAGGUUCAAACUUCGAUCCGUUCUAAUCUAUGACUUAUCUAAUCAUAUUCAAUUCAAAUCUAAUUUCUAAUGCGUACUUAAACGUGUACAUUAAGUGACUACAACAACAAAUAUUGAGGAGUACGUCCUACCAUAAAAUGUUUCACAGUGCGUGUUCAAAAAGAACAUAGAAAAAGUACACCUUCAUUAGACAACGUCGCUACAUUUCUAGAACUUGUUAGGGGGAUAAUUGUUUAGCAUCAUUCAAUUUUAAGGACAUAGGUUCAUAAAUGGCAGCUUGAAUUAUCCAGCCAAAAAUAAAUUUCGACUGUUUGCAAACAAGUACAUCUCCUACCAACAAUUUUGUUUGCUUCGAAAUAAUAUAAAUUCUUUGCCGCAGUGCACGACAUAAUGGUCAGAGUUCGACAAAUGACUGUGAGAUCCCUUGGAGCGUUUGGACAGUGUCCUUAUGUAUGCUUAUCAAUGAGAAAGCAAUAAAGAGCUACCCGCAAAUCUCGUAGUACCUUCAGAAGAAAGCAGGUUUCAUCUGGCACAGUUGUUAGCUAAACUUGUUCGUAUGUACUUGCAAAGACGUCUUAGGUAAAACAACACAACACAAUUGAAUAACGAUCUACGGAAGAUCAUUAGGAACAGUGAGCUGAUAAACAGGAUCAGAUUUUGAUUAUCUCUAACCAUUUAAUGUCUGUGUAAUCCCGCAUGGGCGCUUUAUUUCUGAAACAGCAGUAAACAUUUAGUAUGCGUUUAAGUAUAGGCACCCUCGACUGAUACAGUCAAUCUAUUAUUUAGCGAAAUGCUGAUUUGUGACUUUUUCGUCAUUUCUACGUGGGUUUGCAUUGCAACGCGGCUGUAGGAACGUGUAGAUUGCGACGACGUCGUGCGGUGUGCGUCGCAGUACUGCCUCUUAGAAAUCAAUCAUAAACAAGGAGCAAAGCAGCCUCGAGGAACUAACUUGUUGUGUGGUUUUAAAAAGCUAUACUCGCUACACAAAUACAAAGCUUGUGAAACAAAAUCCGACGACAGAGAUAUAGAAAAACAAACGAAGGCAUUUUUGAGGUAAAGCACUUCCUCGGACUGAAAUCCCCAAGCACAGAUUCUGCCAAGCUAGGCGAGUGCGUGACAACGGGCGUCUUCUCGCAUCAGGUCUGUGCAAAGAGCUUGCUCUUCAACCAAUUUCAUAACAAGUCGCGGCCUUUUCUAACCACACAACCACUAUAUGUAUUGAAGCACUUCACCGGCUUUUGUCCUCAUUAUAAACUUCCUUCAGUGCAUGGUACAAUACAGGAUCUAAACAGUGAUUUCUCACGGCGCAAGUGCUUAUCGCAAAGUGUGGAACUGUCGGAUGUAACGUAAAUCUGCAACACUAAAGGUGCUGGUUCGAUUUCUCAAUAUUGCGAUUUAUAAAAGAAGACGAUGUCGAAACGACAGCGGAAUAAUUUCCCGUCACUGAGACUAGUUUUGCUUGGUAAGCAGGGCGUAGGAAAAUCUGGUCAAACGACCUGGCAACCCUAGACCUUGUGAUAGGAAGAGGAAAAUGACGCUCUGAUUCAUUCAGGAAAGCAUUUGGGAAGAAGACAAGUGAGCGCUGCAAGCCGUUUUGUUUGCAGAAAGGAUAUCUGCGCUUUGCGGGCUGCUAACAAGUUAAGCUCUUAUGGUUCGAUUUUUAACAAGAAGAUUCAUAGGAGAGUACGAUGCAACAGAAUCCACACAUAGCAGGCACAUAAUAAUUGGAAAUAGCACUCUUGUUGUUGAAAUCAAAGAUACAGCAGGCGGGAAUCCAAUAAGUAAGCGGGAUGAAGAAAUCUCUUCAAGUGACGCAUUCAUAUUCGUUUAUUCGGUCACCAGUAACGAAAGUUUCAGGGAAGUAACAAAACUUAUAGAAACGGUGAAAAAUUCGUCAGCACUUUCAAUAGUAAUAGGUAAUAAGAAAGACUUGCAUCAUUUACGAGAAGUUGGCUUGGACGAGGGACGAAACUUCGCUGAAAAAUACGGUUGUCUGUUUUACGAGAUAUCAGUAGCUGAAGGCUACCAUGAGACAUUUCGUGUAUUCAAUGAACUUCUUAGACACAUCAUCAUGAAGAAAGCAAGCGACGAAGGACUUUCUGGAAAGAAGAAAGGCAACAGCUCAUUUUCUUCCAUUCUAAAAGGAAUAGAUAAAGCAAAGCAGGCUAGGUGAUAAGCUUGAGUGGCUUGUGAAUAUCGAUGGCCGGUGGAUUUUGCGAUGUUUUCGUGUGCUUGCAAGAAGAAAUUCCGACGAUAUAAGUAAAAGCAAUUUUUUGCACGAUGCAAGAUUUUGGAUCAUUAGAAAAUCAUCUUUCGAUAGAAAAGUUUUACAUCAUCUUUACGUACAUUCCAAGGUUGACAGCUUCAGCCUCACAAAAGUGGAUACAAGUCUCUUUGAAAUUAAUGCUUCCCGUGAAACGAUUUCCCGCUACGACGAUAUGACGUCACAAGAAACUGUACGAAAGCAGCAAAACGUCAGUUUCGUAUUCUGUUAAGAUUGAUGCAUCAUCCUUUUACCCAGCAUUGUAUAAUAUACUUUCCAAAGCUUUGAUUUUAAAUUUUCUAUCCAAGAUUUUUAGGUCUUCAUAAAGUCAGAUAAUGUUUUUAAAGUGAUAUAUGAACUCUAAUAUUCAUCUGUGAUGAGUUGAGAGAACAUACACUCAUUUUUUUAUAAGAAACUGGCUAUAAGAGACGUGUACUUGACAGUCAGAAAAAAAUUAAAAAACUUCUGUUCUUGAAGCAAAAAAAACAAGAAGCUAAUAAAUUGUGAUAAAACUGAGAACAACGAAAUUUUGCAAAAUCCAAGAACAUGACUGCCCUGAUGGCCUAGAAAUUAAGACACAAGGGAUAAAAAUAUACUUCCCACGUCUAAAUACAGCGUCAGAACGGAAGCGAAUCUCUUGACGUGAAAGAAAGCCACGAACAUUUCAUAACUUCAUUCAAAAAAUGAGUGUAUCAAUUUUAAAAAAGGCAUUCUCAAAUUCUUUGAACAAAAAAUUAGUGCAAAUAUUCUCCAAAUAAGAACAAGAUUUUGUAGUUGAAAAUAAAAGACUUCUAAUCACAAUCGUACUGAAGUCGAUCAUUUGCAAAACCAGAUGCAGUCAUAUUUUGUCUUUCUUUUUAAAGUUUAUAAUGAUUUUUUAUAGUUCCAGUUACCGUAGAAAUAAUUUACAUCAUUUAAAAGCGCCAGUUUCGAAAAUGAUUUUCAGUAUGUAUGUGCAUAUUUUCGCCGUCAUUCCCUAGUUGAUAGUUUUGAAAUUGUUGUCAUACAUUAUCUCAUUCUUUUAGCUCACAUGCAUAUAAAUUUCUAAAUACUUUGAACUUUUCCUAUUUGAGUAAAUACCUGUAAAUUUUUAGCUGUGCAAUAUACAUUUUUCAAAAUUUAUAAUCGCUAAAUUUAAGCCAACUAUCCUUAUUGCUUACACUCUUUCAGUGACUAACGGUAAUUUAUGAUCUUUUAA